AUGACAGUCCGACAGAUGAAGGCGACGAAAUCCGAUAGUCUGUCUGGUAAAGUUCUGAAGCCGGAAGUCUUGAAGUCAGAAGUGCUGAAACCGGAAGUCCUGAAGCCGGAAAUCCUAAAGCCAGAAGUCUUAAAACCGAAAGUCCUGAAGCUGAAAGUCCUGAAGCCAGAAGUCUUUCCUGAAGCCGGAAGUCCUGAAGGCGGAAAUCCUGAAGCCGGAAGUCCUAAAGCCGGAAGUCCUGAAGCCGGAAGUCCUGAAGCCGGAAGUCCUGAAGCCGGAAGUCCUAAGGCCGGAAGUCCUAAGACCGGAAGUCCUGAAGCCGAAAAUCCUGAAGCCAGAAGUCUUGUAGUCCGUCCUGAAACCGGAAGUCCUGAAGCCGAAAGUCCUGAAGCCGAAAGUCCUGAAGCCGAAAGUCCUGAAGCCGAAAGUCCUGAAGCCGAAAGUCCUGAAGCCGAAAGUCCUGAAGCCGAAAGUCCUGAAGCCGAAAGUCCUGAAGCCGAAAGUCCUGAAGCCGAAAGUCCUGAAGCCGAAAGUCCUGAAGCCGUCCUACCGAAAGUCCUGAAGCCGAAAGUCCUGAAGCCGAAAGUCCUGAAGCCGAAAGUCCUGAAGCCGAAAGUCCUGAAGCCGAAAGUCCUGAAGCCGAAAGUCCUGAAACCGGAAGUCCUGAAGCCGAAAGUCCUGAAGCCGAAAGUCCUGAAGCCGAAAGUCCUGAAGCCGAAAGUCCUGAAGCCGAAAGUCCUGAAGCCGAAAGUCCUGAAGCCGAAAGUCCUGAAGCCGAAAGUCCUGAAGCCGAAAGUCCUGAAGCCGAAAGUCCUGAAACCGGAAGUCCUAAAACCGGAAGUCCUAAGACCGGAAGUCCCAAGACCGGAAGUCCUGAAGCCGGAAAUCCUAAAGCCAGAAGUCUUGAAGUCUUGUAGUCCGUCCAGUGAAGUCCAUGAAAGUCUGUGUAGUCUGGUAAAGUCUAAUAAAGGCUUGAAGCCGCAAGUCUCUGAGCCAGAAGUCCUAAAGCCAAAAGUCCUGAAACCGAAAGUCUUGAAGUCUUAUAGUCCAGUGUAUACCUAUUUUCCCAGUGGUCCAUAA